UGUGUACUUAUGGCCAUGAGAAACACACCAUGUCAGUCCACCAGUUACUCUCCUCACUAUCUCCUCUUUGGCAGAGAAAUGCAUCUGCCAUUUGAUAUAUCAUUACUGCCAAAACCAUCACUUGGUAAAGAUGCAGAAUCCCACCUGAGGCAUCUCCUUGAGAACCUCAAAGUUGCAAAAGCAAUUGCCCGUGAAAACAUGGAAACAAGUCAAGAAAUUAACAAGGCGUAUCAACAUCCUAAAUCACAAGAGCCAAACUUUUCUCUUGGCCAGCAAGUGUUCUUACACAAUCCUGCUGUGACAAAAGGUCUGUCGCCUAAACUUACCCAACCGUGGAAAGGUCCAUACUACAUCUCAGCCAUUGGACCUAAUCACACCUUCAAACUUCAUAGAUGUUCUGAUAACAUGGAACAUAAAUCAAUGGUACAUGCUAAUCGGCUUAAACCAGUCAUUUUGAGACUAAAUGACGGGCCACAGCAACCACUAUCGGACGCCCUAAGUCGGGCGGACUUAUCAAAUGCCUCAAACCAGUCAGGCACCAACCUCAACGAACCAUCAACCACUGAGCCGGGCCGUGCACUCCCUACAUCGGACGAUACAGCACUGGACCCCACAGGCUCUGAUAUCAGCAGGUAUGCAACUGGGGCAACUCUUUGUAGGGCUUCUGCUCUACAUCACAGCAGUUUCUUCAACGAAGCCAAUCCAGCGACUGAAUUAUGGAGUUGUUUUUCAGCCCCAUCUUCCAGUACACUUUUCCACGGAAAACUGGUUACAUACUUACCAGAUUAACAUUCCCCGGAAACCAACACUUCCACAGAUGCAGGGAUGUCAUACUGGGAAUGCAACCUGUGCACUGAUCCGACAAAUUCAGACACAC